UCAAUCGAGCUUCGCUGCCUGAGCAACUCACUCGGAGCAUAUGCGAGCAGUCGAUGUGAAAGAGCCCACUCAGCUACUGGACCUUCAGUACUCGUAUGCAGUGGUCUGGAUGCCAUGACGAUGAUCAAUAGAUAGCAUUCUAUUGAAAGUUCUGGCGCCAACAUCAUUCGGUGCCUCCAACACCAUCCACCAUGGCGGAUGCCCUGUCCGUCGUCCUCUCCUUCCCGCCGGAGAACGUCGCCAAGCUGAGCGCGAAGAAGUAUGAAGAGGAGGUCCAUACAUACAUGAAGCGGCUAAAUCAACUACCACCCACGACAUGGACCAAGGCCAUCGACAAGAAGAAUCUCCUCGACUUUCUCAACCCAGAAGUCAACAGUCUACCCUACUUGGCCACUCUUCGCGCGCAAACGGACACGGUUGGCAAAGACCGAAAGGCGAUCGAACACCUCGUCAACCAAUGCGCCGUCUUCUUCGCCACAUUCGACCCAAUCCAGGUCCGCUACCUUGGCAGUCAGUGGACGGAGCUCGUGGUCUGGUUACUUGAUAUACUGCCCAAGCUCGGCAUCUCCGACCAUUCCACAGUCACGACCGCUAUGCUCCGCCUGGAUCCGACAGCCGGCACAUUCACAUCCACGCAUCUGCGCCUUCUACGGGCAUGUCUACAAGCUGGUGUUCCCAGCCAAGCACUACCAAUUCUAGAUAAGGACAUCUACGCCUUUCCCGUCGACCAACGGAAAGAGAUCCCUGACGAGCUGUUGAGCGAAGAUGUAGAGCUUAGCAACGGCUUCAUCACACCCAAGUCUGGCUUUACGAUUAAGCUUAAGCCGGAGUACGUGCUCGAAUACUAUCUGCUGGGCGCACACAUCUACAUAGGCCGACGAAACUUCAGUCGCGCACGGCUUUUCCUGGAGUACGUUGUUCUACAUCCCAGUCAGCAGCAGACAGUAAGCGCGCUGCAAGUUGAGGCGUACAAGAAAUGGGUCAUGGUUGGCUUGCUCGCGGAAGGAAAGUCAUACCCGCUCCCAAAGACGCAUGGCGCCGGCGUGAUGAAGAACAUCAGAGCAGUUGCCAAACCAUACGACGUGCUAGCUGAGUGCUUCGAGAGGCGGGACUGGCGGAAAUAUCAAGCAGAGAUGGAUGCAGGCACACAGACUUGGCAUGAAGAUGGCAAUCUACCGCUGGUGAAGGAGGCUUCCACGGCACUGAUACGCUAUCGAGUGAUGGACCUACAGAAGACGUAUGCCACCCUGCCAGUGAGCCGUGUAGCCGCUUAUCUCGGUUUCAAGCCGGAAGCAGCGUUGCAGUAUCUCCUCGAUGUCAUAAGCUCCGGGCACCUGCAUGCCAGCAUCGCACCGAGCCAUGACAACAGCGCCGCCAACGCCGUGCUCCGCUUUCACGAGCUCACGCCUAGCAUGACGAAUUUGACCGCGGACAACGAGCUUGCGGCGCAGACGAAGCGAAUAGAAGACCUCGCCACGUACGUGCGCGAUGCGGACCGCAGAUUGCAGCUCACGAAAGAGUACGUCGAGCAUCAGAAGCGGCAGAGGCGUACAGGCCCGGACGCCGACUUAGCGGACCAGAUGGAUCUGACGUGGGAUGCUCCCGUGCCUGGGUUGGGUGAGGAAGGUGAUGAGGAUAUCAUGGCGUCGUAGAGUGCGCCUGUGCUUCCUCUUUCCGAACCUCAAGACAAGUCGUUUUGGGCUGUUGUCGGCAAUCGCCGUGACGGAGCUGGCGCAUAGAAAGGACCUUUGGUGGUGAUGAUUUAGCGAUGGAGUUGCAUUGCACAGGAGGAGGGCUAUGGAGUAGAAGGAGCGAUGCCUGUGAGCCAUAUUGCAGUCGGUCCAUCAACGAUCCUGACGUGAG